AUGCCACGCUUUAUCAUCUUCGUGCGUGGAUCCUUCGAUUCAGAAGCCGAAUUCAACCCCGACCCCGAGAUGAUGAAAGUCAUGGGCGAUUCAAUCCGAUGUGUCCACCCCCUUUACAACGCGACAAUGCGCAAAGCGGGGAUCUUGCUCUCCGCGGAAGGUCUCCACCAUAGCUCCCGCGAUAGCCGGCGGAUCGUCUUUCAGAGCUCGGGGCCGCCUACCAUUCAAUCCGGUCCUUUCCCUGCGGACGAGCUGGUUCAGGGAUUCUGGAUUGUGCGUCAAGGACGUAAAUGAGGCAGUUGCUUGGGCUGUCAAGUGCCCAAGCCAUGCGCUCAGGGGAAAUGUCACUGAAGUCAGGAGGAUUGCUUCAGUUGAGGAUUUUGAAGAUGUGAAGAGUCCAGGGUUGGAGGAGAAGUAAAGGGAGUUGAGGGUGCAGGUUGAGCCCGUUGCGAAGGGAAACCGAGAAACCACAAAUUUAUAUGUGAAUAUUCUUCAUACUUCCUCAACUUCAUGUUUCGUUGAGAAAUGAUAUAGCUGUGAGCCCCAGAAGACGCCUUUGAAACCAUGGCAAAUAUGUAGGAUCCCGAAAUUUUUACGGAUAAAGAGAAUCAUUUCGCAAAAGGGCGAAUUUCUAACAAAUGCUU